UUGAUGUUUAUCGGCCACACCACCUACUGAUCUAAAACCCGUAUUUACGAUUUUUUGUGGUUGAAACUGACCUGAAAAGAUUGUUGUGUAGCUAUUACGUUAAAGAUGGUGUACCUUCAUUUUCCAUCGAAUCUUACGGAAGAAGAGUUAAUGCUGCGAACCAAAUAUGCCAAACUUCAACGUAAAAAAAAGGCGCUGCAACAUUUGAAAGCGCCGAAACAAGAGAUCGAACGUAUUCCUCAGGCACCGAAACGGCCUACGGAAGCAAGAGAUGCUCGCGAAGUAGCCAAGAAGUUGAUCAAAUCGGGCGUGAUCACAGCUCCAAAGACUCCCAAGAGACAGGAGCAAACGUUCAAGAGAUCUCGGGGAUUGUUAAGAAAGCUAAUGAAUAGCACAGAAAAAACAAUUAAUUGUUCGUAUCAACCGUUUUCAGCAACACAAGAGGAGGAAGAUACAGAAGCGGCAAGGCCUAGAGUCAAAAAUCUGUACUUAUCUAAUAAUUUUGUCGGUGCUCAAGAUACAGGAGAUAAUUCUAACACCAACGAUAAGCAAUCUCCAGCCAAACAGGAGGUUAAAAACCCUUCUCGGGCGGGAAACACAAUCUUUGUAUUUGGUUAUAAAAUAACGGAAGAUUAUCUGAAGAAACAUUUUCAGAGCUUUGGCAACAUAAUAAACAUAUCCAUGGAGUCUGAGAAAAAUCAUGGCUUUAUAACUUUUGAUAAAGCUGAAGCGGCUGAAAGAGCGAUAAGCGAAAUGGACGGUAGCAUGGUUUCUUCGAUCCAGUUAAAAGUCUCAUUGGCGAGACGACAGCCCAUAAUAGAGCCUGUUGGUGGUGACACUAUGUCCAGUUCCAUGUGGUCACCAAUCGCAGCUAAUUACUCGCAAAAAAGUGCUCACAAAGAUCGACGGGAACUCAAGAUAUACGAAGAGGAUCUCUUCCAGUAAAUGCAAAUAGAUGCGAUUUCAACAUGGUCAACCUUUUUAUAUCCGAAACUUACCAGCGGCAAGUCUCGAAUCUCCACGAGAGCGAAAAAUUGCAGCAGCCACUUUUUGAAAACAAAGACGAUGGAUUUGCCAAAUAUGUUCACUGAUGAUUCGAAUUUGCUUACGACAGUGAAAUUAUCUCUGUUCUACCGCUCUCUUCUGCGCGAUCGG